AUGAAGCCAGCAAGUAUUACUAAAAAAAUAGAGCAAAUGCUUGAGAUGAAUAGCAUUUAGAACAAGGAAGAUAAAUAGGAAGAUGAGUAGGAAAAAGUGAUAGAAAUAAAUGAGAAAAGUAUUUUAAAGUAUAGUUAAGGUUGCAAGAGCUUAAGCUAAGUUGUAAGAUUAAAAUUGAUAGGAUCUAAAAUAUCAUAGCUAGAGAAAUUGGAGCUUGUUCCAUAACUAAAAUUUCUUAACAUUAGCUUUAGUAAUAUUGAGAAGAUAUAAGGACUCAAUAAAUUAAAAGAACUCAAAGAUGCCAUUCUUUGCAACAAUUAAAUCUAGUAAAUCGGCGGCUUAGAAGAAAAUAAAUAGCUAACUUCAUUAGACUUAUCAUAUAAUAAAAUAUCCGAAAUAGAAAAUUUGAAUCAUUUGACAAAGUUGACUGUUUUGAAUCUUAGUUCAAAUAGCAUAAGUCUUAUUCAGGCAAUAGACAACUUAAAGAAUUUAUCUCAGCUUUUUUUAGAAAACAAUAAAAUAAAAAAGAUUGAUUUUUUCCCUCUUUUACCAAAUCUUUAGGAAAUUAGCUUAAAAGGUAAUCACAUUGAAAGCAUCAACCCAAAGCUCUUUGAAAACCUCAAGAAUUUAGAAGAAUUGAAUCUUUCUAAUAAUAAAAUAAGAAGCUUAGAGUUUUUGAAUUCCCUUCCUAAUUUAGAGAAAUUCUAUUGUUCUCACAAUCAUAUUGAAAAAUGCUUUAUGAAAAUAUAAUUUGAAAAUUUGGAGUAUCUCGAUUUAAGUCACAACUAAAUUUUGGAGACAAAGAAAUUUGGAGAAUAUUUUCCAAAUUUAUUUACAUUAGAUAUUUCUUAUAAUAAUAUUUUUACUGAAGAAGAAUUGAUUUUCGUUUAUGAUAUGGAUUCUCUUUGUGAAAUCGAUUUUUCAAAUAAUUUAGCUUGCACACAGGAGUUUGAGGAGCAGUUUUUGAGAAGACAUCCAGAAAUCGAUGUAGUAAAUGGGAAAAUUAUAAAGCAAGCAGGAUAUCGUUUUGAAGUUGAGAUGAAAGAAGUUGAAGAAGAGAUCAAGGAGUUUGAAAAAAAGCAGCUAGCUUUGAAUCUGACAUAAGAGCUUGAAAAUGAUGAUAGCUUCACUGAAGAAGAUAAAGAGGCCAGAAAAAUUCUAAAAUCGCUUAUCUAAACUGAUUUGAGCUCUGUAAUUUAAGAGAUUUAAAAGGAAAAGGAAUAGGAUAAAUAGGCCAAAGAACAAUUGAUUAGUUAUUACAAACAAAUAAAUGAAGAAAUCACUCCAGAAGAUCUUAAAAAACAAGCUAUAAAAAGAAAAAACAGGGAGCUAUAUGGAUCUGAUGAAGAAGAUGACGGUGAUGAAGAAUAAGAAGGCAGUAAUACUUUUUAUAAAAAUUAGGUUGAUAAUGUGGAUGACUUGAAUGAAAAUGUUAAUAGAUAUAACAGUCUCUAAAAGAAUGCUAGUAAAAAUAAGUUGUAGAAAUUUGAUUCGUAUGUAACUUUGAAUGAUGAGAAGAAUUUAAAUGCAUUUAUUACAGAUUUAGAAAAUGAUUUGACAGAAAUAAAAGCAAAAUAUCACGCCAUUAAGGGCAUUAAGUAUACAUAAAAGUUUCAUUAAAAUAAAAGUUAGUUCCUAAGCAAAUCUGAAUAAAAUUUAUCAUUGUCAGAUUUAAGUCAGUAUGACGAUAACCUCUCAGCAUCUUAGCUUUCUGAAAGGAAAGACGAGAUGAAUUUAACUUCUUCAUCUUUUAAAAACUACGAAACUGAAUAUAGCUCAGAUUCAAGACAAGCCCUUAAAAAUAUCGAAAAAAAUAUAAUUAUUAAGAAGAAGAAAAUUCCACUUUCCUCUUAAACAUCUUAGAUAAGUAACUCUUCAAAAACAAAUCUAAAUAUUAGUAGUGCAACUUCGACUUUAAACAAUAUACCACCUACUCAAACAAAGCCAGGUCUUCCAAUCCCAAGAAAUCCACUACUCUAAAAAGAGUUAAAAGAAUUUAAGAAAAAUAUGAAUGAUCCAGAUUAUUUGAAGAAGUUAGGAAUAGGCAACGAUAACUUAAACCUACCUUCAGAUAAAUUUGUAUUCAAUGCUACUUAAGCUAGAGCGUAAUCAUAAAUGUAUAAUAAAACAGCUUAGCUUAGCAAAACGAGCAAUUUAAGUAUUACUUAAAGACCAACCAGAGAGAGGUCAAAUUCUAUUAAUAAACUAAGAAACUUCAGUGCCACGAAAAAAGAUGGCUUUAAUAACACAAGCAGUCAGAAUCCAAAAGUCUUUGGGUAAAACAGCAUUAAAAGUAAAAAAGAAAAGACAGAAAACUUAGAUAACUCAAAUAUUGAAGAUAGAAGCUCUUUGUCAAUUCAAAGCAACUAGCAAGUUACUCCAACAAAAACAAUAGGCAUCAUAUACUCAAACAAAAAUAGUAAAACUAAAAGUAAACUUAUAGAUGCAAUUGCAAAUUCCUAAAAAUGA